CACAAACUUUAGAGAGCAAUAGAGAGAAAAGACAAGACAUAUAUAAGUAAUAUAUAUAACUCAUUCUUAUUCUUAGCCUAAGAAUUCCUAUUUUUAAUGGGGAAUCUUUUCUGCUGCGUGCUGGUGAAGCAAUCAGAUGUGGCGAUCAAGGAGAGAUUUGGAAAAUUUGAAAAAGUUCUUAAUCCAGGUCUUCAAUUUGUGCCGUGGAUCGUCGGUGAUUACGUCGCCGGUCAUCUCACCCUCCGUCUCCAGCAACUCGAUGUCCAAUGUGAAACCAAAUCCAAGGACAAUGUGUUUGUGACAGUGGUUGCAUCCAUACAAUACAGAGUCUUAGUUGAUAAGGCAAGUGAUGCUUUUUACAGACUUAGCAAUCCAACGACCCAAAUCAAAGCCUAUGUCUUUGAUGUGAUCAGAGCAUGUGUUCCAAAGCUGAACUUGGACGAUGUAUUUGAGCAGAAGAAUGAAAUCGCCAAAUCAGUGGAAGAAGAGCUAGACAAAGCCAUGACUGCUUAUGGUUAUGAAAUCCUUCAAACCCUUAUCAUCGACAUCGAGCCUGAUCAACAGGUUAAACGUGCCAUGAACGAAAUCAACGCCGCGGCGAGGAUGAGAGUGGCGGCGAACGAAAAAGCAGAGGCGGAGAAAAUAAUUCAGAUAAAGAGAGCAGAAGGUGAAGCUGAGUCAAAGUACCUGUCGGGACUCGGAAUCGCUCGUCAGAGGCAAGCGAUCGUGGACGGACUCAGAGACAGUGUUCUCGGGUUCGCCGGAAACGUGCCGGGAACGUCGGCGAAGGAUGUCUUGGACAUGGUGAUGAUGACUCAGUACUUCGACACGAUGAGAGAUAUCGGAGCUCACUCCAAAUCAUCGUCGGUGUUUAUCCCUCACGGUCCCGGCGCCGUCGCUGACGUGGCAACGCAGAUUCGAAAUGGAUUGUUGCAGGCCCACCAGACCUCUUAAGGGCUCAGUCAACAGUCAACAACUCUCUGUCUAUAUCCCUAUUUUCUUUAUUAAAUGAUAAUUUUCCAAAAAUCUCUAUAAUGCUGUGUUGAUUGUGGUUGUUUAUAUUUUCUUUUUCCAGAUUUAACAAUGGUGUUUUGGCGUUUUUUUGUUUGUCUGUCUUUUGUGUGCCUUUGUACUGAUUUAUAUUGAAAAUUCAGUUUGUAUGUGAAAA